AUGCCACCGACGGCGGCGGCGGAUACCACCCCUCUCUUGGAGGAGAUUGCCCAGCUGCGACUGCAGUUGGCUGAAAAAGAGUCUCUGCUUGGCGUGACCGGAGGGGCGAGUACGAAGAAAUCCAAAAAAAAAGGCCAGGCGCACAAAAUCGAAACCGACCCUGUCCAAGGCUGCCGGGACUUCCCCCCGGAGAUGAUGCGGAUUCGGGCCUCCCUCUUUGACGCCUUCCACGCCACCGCCCGGGCCUUUGGCUUCGAGGAGUACGACGCCCCUGUGCUGGAGUCCGAGGAGCUCUACGUGCGCAAACAGGGCGAGGAGAUCACCGGGCAGCUCUUCAACUUUGUCACCAAAGGCGGCCACCGUGUAACGCUGCGGCCGGAGAUGACCCCCAGCCUAGCCCGCCUGCUCCUGGCCAAGGGCCGCGCCCUGUUACUGCCCGCGAAGUGGUACGCCCUCCCGCAGUGCUGGCGCUACGAGACGAUCACCCGCGGCCGGCGGCGGGAGCACUACCAGUGGAAUAUGGACAUCAUCGGCGUCAAGGGCGUCACCGCGGAGGUGGAGCUGGUGAGCGCCGCCUGCGCGACGAUGGAGCGGCUCGGGCUGACAAGCAAUGAGGUCGGGGUCAAGGUGAACUCCCGCAAGGUAUUGCAGGCCUUUGUGGAGGAGGUGGGGGUGCCGCCCGAGCUCUUCCCUCGCGUCUGCGUGAUUGUGGACAAAAUGGAGAAGAUUUCUCGCGAGGAGGUGGAGCAGGAGCUGGAGAAGCUGGGGCUUUCACCCAGUAUUGUGAACACAAUCAUAAGCUCCCUCAGCAUGAGGUCGCUGGAUGAAAUCGCCGAUAAGAUCGGCGUUAACCAUGAGGCGGUUUUGGAGUUGAGAAGUUUUUUUGAAUUGAUCGAAGCGUACGGUUAUGCUGAUUGGGUCCUCUUUGAUGCAAGCGUAGUCCGUGGUUUGUCUUAUUAUACCGGUAUCGUGUUCGAAGGGUUCGAUAGAGAAGGCAAGUUUCGCGCUAUUUACGGCGGCGGGCGGUACGAUAAUCUCAUGUCACUUUACGGUAGCCCGAACCCAAUACCAUGUGCCGGCUUCGGGUUCGGUGAUUGCGUCAUUGUGGAACUUCUCAAGGAAAAGAAUCUGUUGAAUGUAAACCAACAGAAAAUGGACGACGUGGUGAUCCCAUAUGAUGAGUCCAUGCGUCCUGCUGCGCUCAAAGUGCUCAGGGCUCUGCGGAGUCAGGGCCGCAGCGCAGAUAUCAUAAUGGACAAGAAGAAAAUUGCCCAGGCCUUCAGUUAUGCUGACCGUGUUGGCGCAGACCGUGUGGUGCUUGUGGCCCCAGAUGAAUGGUCCAAUGGAGAAGUUCGGGUGAAGAUGCUGCGGGAAGGGGAAGGAAAAGACAUAAAUGAUCGCGGAAAGACGGUCAAGUUUGAUGAUCUGUAA